AUGGUUUGUCACACAGGAAGAAGAACCAUCAGAGCACUGGAGACCAAGCAUCGCUGUCACACAAACCAGACAGCAACAAUGUCUCUCCUGGUCUCAUCUGUCCAACCUGCCAUGAGCGCCAGUACUUCCCUCUGCAUCAUCUUUAUCAUUGUUCUGCUUCCUGUUGCCAAAGCAGGCAGUCAGAACAUUUCCACUCAUCAUGGUGGAGGCUCACAGUGUGGGGACUACAUCAACCAGGUACUAGAGAACGGAAUGUGUCGCCUGGUGGCCACUCUGCCUCAGCAGGACCAGCACAGGUGUCCCGACAUGUUCCGCUGCACAGAUGAGGUUUCCUACUGGCUGCAAGAGAACGAGGAGCGUAAAGAGCAGAUACUGGUGCUGACGGAGACCAUCUCUGGACUGCAGCAGGAACUGAGGGACCACCGUCACCACAUCAAGGCUCUUGAGCUGCAGAGUGAGCAGAGAAAUCACUGGAACAUCUCCCUGGAGCAGCGUUUUCAUCAGUUGGAGGUGCAGCACUCUGAGGCCUCCGCCCUGCUGCAUCUUCAGGGCACUCUCAUCCUGGAACUACAGAACCGAGUCCAUAAUCUGACAGUUUUGGUCAACAAGGUAAAAAGAAACCCUGGCUGUUCCAUCAACAUCCUGCGUCCCAAUCCUCUCAUGAGUGCGCAUGAGGCUUUGCAUCCAGAGCUUCAACAUGUGAGAAACUGUCCCAUAGACUGUGCUUCCAUCUACUUCAAUGGUGUGAAAAGAUCAGGACUGUACAGUGUGGCCCCUUCACUGGGAGGACCGUCUGUGGAUGUUUACUGUGACAUGGACACAGACGGUGGAGGCUGGACAGUGAUUCAGCGUCGGGUGGACGGCUCAGUGAGCUUUGAUCGCAGCUGGGAGGAAUACAGACACGGGUUCGGUGACCUGCACUCAGAGUUUUGGUUGGGCAACGACCACAUACAUGAGCUGAGCUCUCAGGGAGACUACAGCCUCCGCAUUGACCUGGAGGACUGGAGCAGCAAGCACAUGCACGCCCUGUAUCAGGGCUUCAGUAUAGAGGAUGAGGAUCAUCAGUACCGCCUCCAUGUGUCAGGCCACAGUGGUACAGCUCAGGACUCCUUCAGCUGGUACCACGACAAGCAAAGCUUCACUACACCAGACAGUGGGAACAUCUGUGCUGAGAUCUCCCACGGUGGAUGGUGGUACAACCAGUGUUUCUACGCCAACCUGAAUGGGGUCUACUACAGAGGAGGACACUACACCCCUAAAGGCAGGGGGCCCCUGGGUCCUGAUGGGAUCGUCUGGCCUUCCUGGAAAGACUCAGACUAUUAUUCCCUACGAAAAGUCAGCAUGAUGAUCCGACCACGGAGCUUCAGGAGACGACUGUCACCGUGACCUGAUGGUCACAGUUGUGACUGUUCUGAUGGAACAGUUAAAGUGAGUUUAUCUACAGUAUUACCUGUGGAGUCAGGCUCCUCUGUUCCAUUGUAUGUUACACACUUGGGUUUGUACUCAUUUGAGACUUGCUAUUCUAGCCAAUUUUCAUUUUAAUAAAAAAAUAGAUGGAUUACAUCAAUUGUAGUGAUACAAAAUUGUAUUUAAAUUACAUGAAGACCUACUAUAUGUAAGAAAAGACCUUCCUUAAAAAAGUUUCUGUACAAGAAUGCAGUUAAAAAAAAGGUAUACCUCUGUAUAUGUUUGUUUUAUACAUUAAACACUAAUAGUAAUAUAGUAA